AUGGCUUCAGAUGCACAAGUCUUCCCAGCGAAGCAGUCGGCCGAACACCAUGCCGAUGCAACUCUGGACGAGUGCAUCGCUAUGCGGCGUGCUACACAGUUGGCACCCAGUGAGUUGAAUCCCGGAUUGCUUCCAACGAAGCGACCUUUUCCGGGCGAUGCUCAGGAAAGGUUGGACGAGAUCCGAGCGGAGAGGCAACAACGCAUCUCGUCCACCAUGGAGUCGAUUAUGCAGAAGAUAGUAGCCGAGCGAUCAACCGAGGCAUCGACUCAGCCAACCAUGGACGAUACGAACGAUACGAACGACACGAACGACACGAACGACACGAACGACACGAACGACACGAACGACACGAACGACACGAACGAUACGAACGAUCUGAACGAUUGGUGGCUUGUCCCCUCCGUGGAGACAAAAGCCCCAGCCAUGCUGUCGGAUGCUUCACCUCACGCCCGGGAUGAUGCAGUCCAAAGCGGAGUGGGAGUCUACCCACUUGCUUUGCCGGGUCUACCCUCCAGUCUUCCUCCCAAGCCGAAGAUGGAAAUUCUCGAUGACCAAUACAGCAACGACAUGUCACGGAUUCCUCCUUUUCCUAAUCACGAACAGACGUCCAGCGGUUACGAAGAACACGUUGCCAUGUUGAAGAAGGAGAACAUGCAGUUGAAGGCUGAGAUCAAGGCCGCCAACCACAAGUUGGAGACUCAGACCAAGGAAGCCAAACUGGCAGCCGACCUCAAAAGGGUCAGCUACCAGAAUCGAGUCAAGGAGAGAGACGCAGCAGUCAGUACACUGGAACGCGAACGCAAGUACUGGAACUCUCGACAACCUCCCAAACCGCCCAAGAAUCCAGAUGUUGAGUCCUUGGAGGAGCAGAUCAAGACUCUCCUAGAAGAUAACAGAACACUAGAGGAUGAGGUCCAGAAGCUGCACAGAAGCAACAAUUCCUUGCAACAGCAGACAAGCGAUAGUCGAUUCAUUGAGGACCUGAAGCAGAAGGUCUUUACACUCGGCCAGAGCCGAGACAGUCUGCGACAGCACAACAACUCUUUGACAACUUCAAUCGAGUUGUUGAAGAACGGGAAUGAACAGCUCAGACAGAAUGCUGCAUCACGCCCGCCGAGUACUGAGACUAAGAAGCAGCGCAAGAUGAGGAAUGAGGUUGCGGCUUUGAAGGAUGAGGUCAAAAACCUGCGCCAGAGUAGAGGCGGGGUGCGUAAGCACAACAAGGUCUUGACGGCCUCGGUCAACUCACUAAAGGACGAGAACGAGCGGUUGAGACUGAAUGCUGCUCCGCGUCCAGCAGGGAUGGAUGUAGGACAUCAACAGUGGGAAGGGAGCCAGGAGAUUGAGGCCUUGAAGGCCAUGGCUGAGUCGCUGGACGAGAUGAAGAGGAAUGCUACCUCGCAACUGGAGAGCGCUGAGAGAGCAAUCCGUCUGGCGAAGGGCGAGAUUGCACGUGUAUGA